AUGGCCGAACAACUUUCGACCCCGCGCAUUACCGCCGUGUACCUCGACAACUUUGUCGGCAAGGUUGUCAUGCUUGUGGGCAAAGUGACCCAACUUCGAGGUGAUCAGGCAACUCUUGAUUCUGAGGGAACCGUCACCGUCUUAUUGAACAGAGAUGCCCAUCUCUCAAACGGAAAUGCCGUGCAGGUCAUUGGAAAGGUCAAUCCGGACCUGUCGAUCAAGGUGCUGACAUCCCGGGAUUUGGGGAGUGGUGUGGAUCAUGGCCCUUUCCAGUCUGCACAAGCAUACGCCCCACGUGUGGCCAUGGUCUGGACUUCUCCAAAGAGAUCUGACGCCCUCAGAUCCUCUGCAAAUUUCCGACAAGCUUCUUUUAACGACAAAACUGGAAAAUCAAACUUGACUACGCCUAAUUCAGACUCGAAUGAAACCAUCAGAUCACCAAAACCCUUACACAACACCUACGCUGCUGCACAAAGAUUGCAGCGGAACACACGAUCAAACUACGGCAGCAGACCUAGCACCGCAAUGUCUUUCACCACGUACAGCUCCGAUAUGAUUCAAGGGCAAGACCCUGAAUCUCGACCUUAUAGUCCAACUCUACCAUCUCAUAUCUCACAAACACCGACCCCUUCUAUGGGAACGCUUUUACCAUCACCACCUGAGGAGCCUGCCGCCGCAUACGCCCUCACAGGAAACAUACGAUCAGCAAGAUUCCCAGCUGCCGUACAUACCAUCAGCUCAGCCCUACACACCCUUCGCUUAUUCUCCGCCGUCAAUGUCUUCUCCAAGCUUGCUCCCGUCUCCGCCGAUGACACAGUCUUCAGAUGA